AUGGCGGGUUCCGCAGGCGGCGCCGGCGCCGCGUUUGAGAAGGUGGUCACCGUCGUGGUGCUGGCGCCGUUCGUGAUUGGCGCUCUGGUGGUGCUGCUGGCCAUCUGGGCGGUGGCGACGCUCACAGGCAUAGGGCCGCUCGCGCACUACCUCUGCUCGCGCGCGGACGAACGGCUGCUGCGGUCAACUCUCGAGCCAGCGCCUGGCGCGCAAGUGCGCCUCGUCCCGAUCGCGGGCCGACGCCACCGCCUCGCCGUCCGCUGGACACCCGGGGACGGGUCCCGGCUGUACCCAGUUUGCAUCCCCAACGGCCUUGGAGCCACACUCAUCAGUAUCUCAAAGCUCCACGAGCGCCUGGCGGCGCUGGGCUUCUCAGUGCUGUCCUACGACCGCGCCGGCGUCGGCCUGAGCGACGCCCGCGACCCGCCGCCGGGCGCAGCAAGGACGCACGCCGGCACGGACGAGGUGGUGGCUGAGAUGAAGCAGCUGAUGGACGCCGUCGCCCCUGGGGCGCGCUGGCUGCUGGUCGGCCCCUCCAUGGGCAGCAUCGUGGCGCAGUGCUACGUCGCCGCGCACCCAUCGGACGUCGCCGGCGUCUUCAACGUUGAUGGCUUCCCAUUCCCCUUCGCCGCCAAGCGGCGCCGCUUCGAGCUCGCAGCCCACGUCUACACCGCUACGUCCGCGCUCACGCGCACUGGCUUCCUGCGGCCCCUGUUGCUGGCCGGCGCAUCGCAGCUGGCUUCCAUAGGCAGCGCCGCGUUUUCCCCGACGGUCGUGCGCGCACAGAUGAACGAGGCCAAGUUCUAUUCCAGCCUGGCGGGGGAGAUGCUGACGAUGAUGGACUGUGCGGACUGCGCGCGUGCCGCCUGGGGCCCGGCGUUCGACCUGGCGGCCGCGCCGCCGCAGCUGAUCGAUGUGCUGGUCAACGCGCAGCCGGCCGCAUGCGGCGACGCGCCCGCGCCCGCGGCCGACGACAGCGGGGCGGCAGGCUGGCGGGAGCUGCCGCGGUCGGCAGCGGAGCGGGGCGGCGCGGGCGGGGCGAAGCCUCCCUCCGUCCUUGUCAGGCGCUUCAAUAUGGCUGACUCGGCCAAGGAGGCCCUGAAGGCCAAGCUCAGGGCUGACCCCAAGUUCAGCGGCAGCGGCAGCGGCAGCAGCGCUGGGACAGCCACGGUUCCGCAAGCGGCCUCUAGGCGAGCGGCAGCGCGGCUGCAGUGCGGUCGUGUCGUCCGGCAGCAGCUGCUGGAGCUGCGGCAGCAGCAGCAACAGCAGCAAAAGCGGGUGACAACAUCAACGGCAUCAGCAGCACAGGCGUACCAGCAGCAACAACGUCAGCAGAGGCAAACACUAAGCGGCAGCAGCAACGGGACUGCAGCUGCAGCAGCGGCAACGGCUGCGGCAGGAGGGAGUGGCACACUGAGGGCCGAGCUGCGUGAGCGCGUGAAGACUGCGCUCCUGGAGAAGGCGGCCGGCGAGGGCCUGAAGACCGCCGAGUACAACUUCGACUCCUACAUGCUCACAGACCCCGAGCCCGGGCAGCUGCGCCUGCUGGAUGUGGACGAGCGCCUGGUGCUGCCCACCAACAGCCUGAUCCGCGUGCUGGUGACGUCAAGUGAUGUCAUCCACUCCUGGGCGGUGCCGUCCCUGGGCGUCAAGAUCGACGCCAUCCCCGGCCGCCUCAACCAGGUGUGUGUGCUGCUGCUGCCGCAGUGA